GAUGUGAGGCAGCCGUCCCUUUCUCUAACCACUUGGCGUCUCUCAAAAUGUGCGAACACACACAAAGCCCCUGAGGCUGCGGAGACAGGCGGAGAAAGAGAGACAAGGGAGGGCGACCAGGAAGCCGACUGAAGAGAAAGCAGCGCGCGAGGGAGGGAGACGCUCACUCAAGACUGUCACACUCGGGACCACGUACGAGAGGUUUUUGUCUCGCUUGCUCGAAAGUGCACUAACUCGCAUAACGGUGCUUUUUAAAACAAGCAUCGUUUAAAAUCGCACAGGUGCUACCAACCCUCAACGGAUUUCCAAUGCCACAACGGGAUUUUUUUUCUCAAACAAAAAGGCACAUCUGUGACACUUGGAUAAGAAGCCUACAGAAAACCUCAGACAAAGAGCCCCCGCGAAGGUAAAGAAACUUACUGGGAAAAGUGUGUGGGCUAUUUUUUUCUUUUCACCGUUAAGGACGAUAUUUAAAGUGGAAUUUUAAUUCGUCUAACUUGCGCACAUAAACUUUUUUCUACCUUGUGGAUGUAUCCAUCGGGAGGACCGCAUUGACUGGGGCUAACGUGAUUUCCUCUGGCUCGUAAGUCUCAGGAGCGAGUAGAGCUUUGAUUUCUUAAGGCUCAGGGGCGUCUGGUGGGGUGUCUGUGCUGACGGCUAGAGCAGAGGGGGAUAAAGUUGAAGAAGCUGGAGCCAGAGGCUGCUAUCUCUUGGGAGGAGUUCUUUUACCAUGACUUAAAGCAGCUCCCCGCAAGACGCAUACAUACACAACCCUGUGAAACUUUGGCAGAACAUCGAAGAAUGUACCAUCCAGCAUUUUGAUUGUAUGUAAUCAGCCUAUAUAGACCCCACCCCACCCCACCUCAAGACAUCAAAAAGAACUAAUCAAAGACACUUCUGUUUUGUCCUAGAGCAGUGUUUGUCAGGAAAUAUUUGGUAUAUAAGUCGUUUGAAGGAGCCCCUUCUGUUUGUUGUCUCUUUCAUGCUCUACUGACCAUUCAUGGUGGACCAGGGGUUGAGGGAAAUCCUGUCAUUGAGUAGCUGUUACAUAACGGUCACCCCUCAUCGCUGGUCCCCCUGUUUCUUUGAGACAUGUCCAACAGCUCCCAGCUGAUGGCCAACAACACCCUGUCAUGGGGCAACAGCAGCACCACGCCGCCAACAUGGUCGACGUGGGACAUGACCAGCACGCCAGGUCCCACACCGUGCCCUAAGAAUGACCUCUUCAAGUACCCACUGUACAGCACCGUGUUCAGCAUCGUGUUUGUGGUGGGCCUCAUCACCAACGUGGUGGCCAUGUACAUCUUCCUGUGCUCUCUGAAGCUGCGCAACGAGACCACCACGUACAUGAUGAACCUGGUGGUGUCGGACCUGCUGUUCGUGCUCACACUCCCGCUGCGGGUUUUCUACUUCAUCCAGCGGGACUGGCCGUUUGGCGGGACGCUCUGCCAGCUGUCCGUCUCGCUCUUCUACACCAACAUGUACGGCAGCAUUUUCUUCCUCACCUGUAUUAGCGUCGACCGCUUCCUGGCUAUCGUGUAUCCGUUCCGCUCUCGGGCGCUUCGCACCAAGCGCAAUGCCCGGAUCGUGUGUGCGGGCGUGUGGGUGCUAGUGCUGGCCGCGAGCCUGCCGACGGGAUUUCUGCUGUCUCCCACGACCAAGAAGACCAGCCCCAGCGGCGACGGCGGCGCCGUCGGCCAGUUCUGCUUCGAGAACUUCUCGUCCAGCCAGUGGAAGUCGCACCUGUCCAAGGUCGUCAUCUUCAUCGAGACAGUGGGCUUCCUCAUCCCACUGCUGCUGAACGUCUUCUGCUCGGUCAUGGUCCUCCGGACGCUCCGCAAGCCCCAGGCUCUGGGCCGCGGCGGCAAGCUCAACAAGACCAAGAUCUUGCGCAUGAUCGUUGUGCACCUCUGCAUCUUUUGUUUCUGUUUCAUCCCGUACAACGUCAACCUGGUCUUCUACUCACUGGUGCGAACAAAGACUCUGCAGGGCUGCCAGGUGGAGUCAGUGGUGAGGACCAUAUACCCGGUGGCGCUCUGCAUCGCAGUGUCCAACUGCUGCUUCGACCCCAUCGUCUACUACUUCACGUCGGAGACCAUCCAGAACUCGAUCAAGCGCAAGUCUCAGGUGAACCGUGGCUACGACGUCAAGUUCUCCGAGGCCAUGCAGUCGGAGACCUCCACCAGCCUUCGUUUCAAUCUGCAGACCCUCAAAGCGAAGGUCUUCAACAAUGAGUCCAACGUGUAAAAGGCUUUUCAUGUUGGG